CCUCUCCAGAACAAGCUGUCCUGUUACCUGCACUGGAGUCCAUUGACAUUUCAAACAAUCUAUUUGGUCCAGAAUCUGGAGUGCUACUUGAAUCAUGCACGCUAAAGGAAAUCCAUGCUGCUGCUGCUCGUUCGAUGACUACAAGUGUACAGCUGAAUGGCUCCUCAACAAGACCAGACACAGGCCUAAAAUUGCUGUUAUCUGUGGAUCCGGGUUGGGGCUCCUUGCUGAUUCAGUCUCAAACAAGCAAACAUUUCAUUAUGAGGACAUUCCUAACUUUCCUGUGAGCACAGUGCCUGGGCAUGAAGGACGCCUGGUGUUUGGGGAUCUGAAGGAAAAGGCAUGCGUCUUCAUGCAAGGCAGAUUCCACCUGUAUGAAGGAUAUUCACUUUGCAAGGUGACUUUCCCAGUGAGAAUAUUUAAACUGUUGGGGGUCGAGACUAUAAUUGUUACAAACGCUUCUGGGGGCCUGUGUAAGGACUUCAAACCAGGAGACAUCAUGAUCAUCAAAGACCACAUCAACCUGCCUGGCUUUGCUGGCCAGCACCCACUAUGUGGGCCCAACGAGGAAAGGUUUGGAAUCCGUUUCCCUUGCAUGUCUGAUGCCUACAAUAAAGACCUGCGGAAGCUUGCACUUGACAUCAGUGCACAACUGGGCUAUUCAGACUUUGUUCGAGAAGGCGUGUACUGCAUGGUCAGUGGACCCAACUUUGAGACCAUAGCUGAGGCCCGCAUGCUGCACAUCCUUGGAAGUGACUCUGUGGGGAUGAGCACGAUUCCAGAAGUCACUGUAGCGAAACACUGUGGUUUACAUGUGUUCGGACUUUCACUCAUCACCAACAAAGUAUCACUGGACUACAGCAAGGAAGAGAAGGUCAACCAUGAAGAAGUCCUUGCAGUGUGCAAGAUGAGGGCUGAAAUGUUGCAGAAUCUGGUCAACACCCUAAUAGCCAAAUGUGAUCGGGUUGAUGGUAUAAACAGCAACUAAAACCAUAAGGCUUGAAAGAAAUUCUCUUAAACUAUGUGGUGGCUACAAUUCACGGCAGCAAAGAUAUGCAAGUGUCCAGUAGGCCAGUAUAACCUGGUAGGGGAAGCUCCUAUAUAAGUUGUUGUGUUAUGCUCUCUAUAUUGCCAUCCUUGGUCUAUCAUGGGAUAACCCCACAUACUUAAAAUACUCACAGCCAAUAGUUCCCUAAAUGUUCUCUGCCGUGAACAUCCAUUCAUUAUAUGAGUUUCAAAUGAGAAAACAUGUAUUUUCAUUUUAAAACAUGAUACAGUAUCUGGCACUACUCAAGGUGAAAUAAAUCUCUGAUUGCAAGCCAUGCCACUACUGUAAUAUUUGUAUAUGGGUAUAUAAUACACUUAAAGUCAAAUUGAGGAUGUCACCAUAGUAAUUAAAUAACUGGCUUUCACGUGUGCAUAUUGGUUACCUUUAAUCUGCUGGACUAAUGUUUACUUCUUUAAGUGGUAUGCAUUAUGUAAUGUGAUUGACACCGUGCGUGUGUACUCUAUAGAAGAGCAUUCGUUGGCAGGUGUUUUAUUUUCUCUUUCUUUCCUGACAGAUAUUAAAAUAAAAAUGAAAAAAAGCCAUA